AUGAAAGUAAUUAUGAGAUCACGUGCAGCUGGAUCCUCAGAAGUUGGUCCUCCUGAAUUCAGUAGGGCCUGCUCUCAGGGAAGUGUGUGUAGAACUGCAGCCUUAACUCCUACGGACCUUAAGGAGGCUGUGGAUGCCAUUAUUGUACAUGUAAUUUUGAAGAAUGGAAAGAGAAGGUACCAUGUCUGUAGGUUAUGCCAGAAUAAUUUGACCUUUGAGGGGAAAGGUUUUGAGAGGAGAGAAAGCAAAACUGACCAAACUUCAAUUUGUAUUUGUUUCUUUAAUGUGCUUGGUUUUCUAACAUAA